CUGGUACAUGAAUGGCAACUAUCUGGUCAUCAUGGUCAGUGUCAGCAUCAUCCUUCCUCUGGCCCUCAUGAAACAGCUUGGUUACCUUGGCUAUGCCAGUGGGUUCUCCCUUAGCUGCAUGGUCUUCUUCUUGAUUUCGGUAAUCUACAAAAAGUUCCAUAUUCCCUGUCCGCUUCCCGACCAGUUCAUUAACAACGCCACCAGCCUGAAUUACACGCUAGUCAGUACCAGCAACUAUGAGAACGAUCGUGCUGUCACCCACACAACUGAGGAGGACAUCUGCUCUUCAAGGUUGUUCACACUCAACUCUCAGACGGCCUACACAAUCCCCAUCAUGGCAUUUGCUUUUGUGUGCCAUCCUGAGGUUCUGCCUAUAUACACUGAGUUGAAGGACCCCUCCAAGAAGAAGAUGCAGUGUAUUUCCAACAUUUCCAUCUCUGUCAUGUAUGUCAUGUAUUUCCUGGCUGCCCUCUUUGGCUACCUCACUUUCCACAGCCAGGUGGAAUCAGAGCUGCUACACACCUACAGCAGAGUGGACCCGUUUGAUGUGCUGAUUCUAUGUGUGCGGGUGGCUGUGCUCACUGCUGUGACACUGACAGUGCCCAUUGUUCUCUUCCCAGUGCGCCGUGCCAUUCAGCAGAUGCUGUUUCAAGACAAGGACUUCAGCUGGAUUCGGCACAUUGUCAUUGCUGCAGUGCUGUUGACAUCAAUUAACUUGCUUGUCAUUUUUGCCCCAUCCAUUCUGGGCAUCUUUGGCCUGAUAGGUGCCACUUCGGCCCCCUGCCUGAUUUUCAUCUUUCCAGCAAUAUUCUACAUACGGAUAAUGCCUAAGGAAAAGGAACCCAUGAAAUCCACUCCCAAAAUUCUGGCAGCUCUCUUCGCAUGCCUUGGUGUGCUCUUCAUGAUCAUGAGCCUCAGCUUCAUCAUUAUUGACUGGGCAACAGGCGGUGGAAAGAGCGGAGGCAGCCACUAGGCGAGGCUGGGCCCAGAGCCUUGUCUUGCAGAUCAAUGCCUUGGAAGACUGAGCUGGCUUUGAUACAUUUCCUGCCCCUACCUCUGCUAGUACUGUACCGCCAUUUAGGCCCCAGCGCCACCUUGAGCCAAGGGGUGUUGUUCUGUAACUCAGCCCCACACUGACUCUGAGCCAGGGGUGCUUUAAGCCAGAUUCGACCAGAAGCCAAUUCUUCAAACUCUCCUGAGGGUUUGUUUUUAUCUAAUAGUCUGGGGUAGGCCAGACCAUCAGCGCUGGGGGAACAACAGCUACAAACUGGGGGAAUAGACCAAUUCAAAGGGGCGGGGGUGGGGGUCCAUGAGGCAGAUGUCUGGCCUUGUAUUUCUGGUGUGUCCGGCCCAUACUGAGAGCUCUUGAAAGUUGGGGACAGGAACAGAAGGAAAUUGGAGGAUUGUGAUUAAAGAGUCUGGGUGUAGUGUUACACCUGAGGUUUCCCACCAAUUUAGAGGGGGCUUCCCCUGCAUACCUCAAAAAUAAUGUUUAUAUUGGGGUGACAAAUUGGAACCGAAUGUUUCUGGGCAGCAAUGAAAUCAGUAAUGUUCUUUGCUUUUAGAAGUCUUAAAGGUGUAACCCCCUUUGUGGAAACCUUUGGGCAUUCAUCCCUCUCAGGUGUUGCUUCUUUCUUAGUGGGUUUCUCCCCUCAAACUUGCUCCACUCCCUUUGCUAGGGUGUGAGCCUUAUGAGCCUCAUGAUCAGUGUCCUCCCACAGGACCAUUGGGUGAUGUGUGUUGUGGCUGGGAAGUGGUCCUGUGUGAGUGGCUUCAACCCCCUGUUUCUGUCCUCUUUUCAAGAACUCUGCCACCAAGUCUACCCAUGGCCUUCACUGGCUGUUAGAUCUGAUCGCUGCUAAUUCCAGUGGUUUAGGACAAUUUGCAUUAAUUUGUUUUGUACAUGUGGUUGUUGCUUUUGUUCCAAUUCGUAGCUGGGGUGAGAUUGGAGAGGGGCUCUGGCUCUGUGGUUGAACACCUGCCUUGCAGACGGGGUUCCUGCUUCAGUCUCUGGAAUCUCCAGUUCAAAAGGAUUAGGCAGUUGGUGAUGUGAAGAACAUCCACCUGAAAACCUGGAGAGCUGCUGCCAGUCAGUAUGGAUCUUGAUAGAGCAAAGGUCUGACUCAGUAGAAGGGAGCUUCAUGUGUUCCUAUGUAUUCCAAUGUAUUCGUAUUUAUGCAACUGCCUUUCUGAACUUGGCAUGGGUACAGCCAUGGUUGAGUCCCUACUUUUCCUUAAUUUACGCAGGACCAGGUAAAUAUUCAGCAUACCCUCGUAUUGGAAUAUGAGGCCUCGUGUGGUAGCUGUUAACUGAUCUUCUCCAUGUUUAUUCUCUGCACUUGUCCUUUUUUAAAAUAGGGAACAUAUUUGUCAUGGCUUCCCCCUAAGCCAGAGAUGGCCACCAAAGUUUACUGGAACUUUCCCCGCAUCAUCAUGUUGCAAUCAGCCUCAGCCCCUUGUGAGCUUGAGAGAAGGACAGAAAGAAGCCGCUGGGACAGAAAACCCAGGCACACAGAAGGGAAAGACACAUGACCCAGUUGUUUCUUUUAUUUACAUUAUUGUUGACAUAGACAGUCAGCUCCCAGCUAUCAUGGAGGAGGAUAGUGGGGCCAAAGUAAUUGUAGUCAGUGACCCCGGGUGCUGCACAGGUUUCAAGAAUAUGCGGUGCAGAAGGAGUAUGGGCCUCGGGUGAGCUUGCACACUACUGAAAGAGGAUUGCCAGAACAUGUUUGCAAACCACUGAGUUGAGGAUACAGAGCUGAGAGGAAUAGCAAAGGCAUCGAAUAUAUUUUCUUUUCAUUUGCACUGUAAUUGAUCUGACUGUGAUCUCCUCCCAUUGUUGGCAUUCAGUGUGAAGCUGAUGCCACUUUCAGAAACGCCCAGCAGGGACCACAUUUGUCAGAUGAAAAAGCAGGUUUGCUGCAGGGAGCAAAAGCGUAGUUCUUCUUAGGAGGGCUGCUAAGCAAAGGAAGUGAUCAAGCUGCCUGCUCGGGGUCCUGGGGCUGGCACACCUCAUCAGAAAUUACUGGAACCUUCAACAUUGUUCUUUCUCCACCACCCACUAUAUAUUUUUAGAACAUAGUGAACCUGUCCACACUUAAAGCUACACAUUCAAGUUCACCAACAAGUAUGAUUACACGAGCCCUGUUUUCUAUUCAGUAGGUUGAGGUGUAAACUUUUCUCUCCUCAACUUCCUUGCCAGGUGGCUUUAUCCAUUCCCUUCCAGGUUUGUUGAGGAGCAGAAUGUUUAGCCAAAAGGCAGAUACCUGCAAAUAGGAACACCUGAGAUUAAACCCACCACAAUCUCCAGGUUCUGCGUCGUCAUUGUGCUUACAUGCCAUAUUCAAAGAUCCAGAGUUUUGCUCUGCCAGUCCAUGUGGUGAGAUUCCUUGGAUGCCCAUGAUAAUAGGACCCCUUGAAGUUUCUACGUAUGGAAAACAAGAGUAACAAACCACAUAUUUUCCACGUCCAGCAAAAUUAUAUUGGGAGUUAUGUUUGUGGGGUUAAGUAUUCUGUGCACUCAUCAUUCCUGGUGCGACUGGAAAUUGUUUAUGUGAUUGAGAGAACUGUGUGCAAUAACGGCACUGAAAUAAUGUCAUGUGGACAUUUUAUGUAUUUAAGCACACUACUGCAACACUGUACCAUUUAGCACUAAUAGUUUUCUAAGCACUACAUGAAGCUACACUGCCCCCUUCUGAUGCUUGAGGCUGUUGCAGAUUCCAGUAGUUUAUCGCUGCAGCAUCUUCACUCUUGAGUGCAUAGAACUCAGUUGCGCUCGCUCUCUGAGGGCUUUUCUCUAUGAUCAUUCAAACUGUGGCUCAAUUGCACGAGACUUCUGGAGUUGCACGAGACUCCUGAAAGUGAUCUUUCAGCAACCGUAGAGCAAUAUUCUGUCUUAAUGGGAAGUGGUGGAGGAAACAAAGGGGGUAACUGCACAAAGUUCAAACAAUUUUUUUUCUGUUCUUUCAAGAAAAAUAUUGAUAUAGAAUGUUUGAGCUUUCUUUUUUAAAAAUCUCAUCAAGUAUGCAUUCUUAUGCAAAAAUUGUGCCUCAGAGAAGCACAUUAAAAUGUAGUUUAAGGAGUGUACACUAAGGAAAUCACACCUUUGAAAAUAAGUGGCUGCUGGCUAGGAAAAAAAAAUGAACUACAUUUGCAUUUCCAGAAACCUUGACAACAAUUCCCACUUCCUCUGUUAAAAUGAAUGGCAUUUGCAUAGAAUUGUUUCCUUUAAGAAGAUGGUGUGACAUGUCUUGAAUGGCAAACUAUAAUGCUGCUUUUGGUACCACGUAGCAGAUUGAUAGUUUGUUGUCCUACAAGUAAACGUGGAAAGGAAUCCUGCGUGAAACAAGGGUGCUAAAAAGCUUCCCUUUUUGUUUCUCACCACAUGUGGGUUGCUGAGCUAUUGGAGUCAAACUUAUAGUAAAUUUUUCACCACCACCUCCCAUUACAUGGAACUUUUUAAAUACUCACUGCCUCCUCUUUUCAAAAGCCACAGGAAAUAAUUCAAGACUUGCACCUUAUUAAUUUCAAAGCUGGGAUGGGGCGGAUGUGGGAAGAAUAGGAAGCAAACUGAGAAGGAUAUUUUUGCAGCACUGUGGUUACAAAAAUAAUUUUCCGUCCAUAAGUAAUUAUUUCUAGGGUUUAGUAAACGUAGUGGACUUACAUAAGAGUCAGGUAUUUUUGUACUGGGGUGAUGGCAGAUUGAUUUGCUUUUUAUAAGUACUGUAUAUAAGAGUAGAUCUUUUUAAAUGUAUUUGUUGUUGCUCUCAGUAACUUGGUAUAGUGUAUAUAUUAUAUGUUCUCAGUGAAGAGGGACUGGACACCAGAAGACCUGCCUAAGCUAUGGCAAAAAAAGCUUACUACCAGCUGUGAAAUACUGGGUAUUUUCGCUGUUUCUAUUGACUGGUGUCCAGUUGGUAAAGAAAUGUAGAGGGGAAGAAUGCUUUUCCAGAUAAAGUUUGGCUCAGGGUACUAAGAUUUACUUACCCAUCAGCUAUAACAUAUUGGAGGUCAGUUGCGAUCUUCCUGCUGAUUUCAGCAUGUUUUCUAGAUCCGUGGCAUGAUCCACACACAACUCAGCUGCAUUGUACUGAUACAAACCCUCCAAGGCCAGGCAGGAGCUAAACUCAACCAAACCCAAAGUUGCAUAGGGCUGUGCAACAGCUAGUGGAGAUCCUUGUGGCUGAUGGGAGCAAGUACAGCAGUUUCCAACCAGGAAUAAAACACUUACACGGGUUCAUCAUUUCAGGUUCGGAGCUGCUGCAUCUGCUCCUGUUUCAGUCGCAUUGUUAGCUGUGGGUAAUGCCAUCUUCUGAUUCUGAGUUUGCUUGGGGUGUGCUAGAGCUGAGGAGGAUGGGAUCCCAAUUCAGGCUCUUGGUACGAGAUGUCGAAGGGAAGGAAGAAACAGCAUGGCAGCUGCUUACUAUUACAAGAGACCAUUCUUGUGGUAUGUUACUGGGAAUUUUUUUGCCCCUUGAUCAUAUAUUUAUCACGUUAAGUUCAAUCUAACUGCUAGGCACUUUUAAUUAUCUCUUAAGGUAACAAUAUUUUAUAUAUUUUAUUACUUAUUUUUCUUGUAACAUAAAAUAGGACAAAAAAAAUGACAAACCAUGAAAGCUGCUCAAAAGAUCAUAUCCAGAGCGUAACCAUUUUAAAAUACAUACCAUAUAGAUUUAAAAGGUAAGAUAAAAGUUCAGAGAAAACCCUAAAAUGUUCUAUGCUCAUCCCCAGCAAAGUCUGUUUAAUUUUUUAAAAAUCUCAUAUCUCUUCCAGAAAAGAAUAUUGAAAAACAUAGUAAUAUUUUUUUACUUCUUUUGGAAAAGUAGUAGUACGCUUAGUACUGCCUUCAUACUAAGUAAAGGUAUAUCUAGAUAUCCCUUGGGAUAGGAAAAAUGGAUAAUAAACUUGGGAGCAGAAGAGGAAGUAGCUUGCUGAAAGUCCUCUCUAUUGUUAAUGUUUACAGCUACCGUUGCUACUUGCUCCAAUAGUAGUUGAUGCUCCUGUGUUAAUUCUGGUAACCCAUCUGCGCUAGCAGUUACUGAAAUAAGAACUGCCCUUUCAAAUACACAGAUCAUUGAUAAUGGUUUUCAGAGUGUUGAUCAUCCACCAACCCAUUUGUGUGGCAGGACCCUAAAUUGAUAAGAAAAACUGGGUGCUCUUCAUAAUUGUCCUGUAGUUGGCCAUUAGCUGUCUGUUUCUGAAGAAAGCCAGCAAAUCCCUGUGGGUUACACUGACAGCUGUUCAUCUUAGAUAGAAUUGGAUAACCAGAUAGGCCAUAGUUUUGAGAACUACUUGUGUCUGGCUGAGCACUUAUACACCGCUAGCCCAAGUGUUAGGGCUGCUUGCACCAAAUAGGUGAGAAAGUCAUUGAUUAAAGGCCAAAAGAGGGCUAGAAAUCAAUAAUCAUAACUGGCCUUGCAAUGGAGAGCCUUACGCAGACUUUCAUGACUGCCUUUGAGCAAGCCACUCCUCCUUCAUCUUCUUAACCAAACAGGUUCGUGGAGAUGCCUAAGCCAUUGGAAGAUGUCUGCUCUUCCUGUUUUCAGACAUCAAACGGACUAUGAUGCCUGGGGCAGGGCAGGGCAGAUUUCAGUGUCUCAUUCUCCAUGUCUGAUCAAAUUUCUUGUAAGGAAACUCAGCUAGAUGUAUCGUAAGAAUGCAUUUCUGGAGAAGGAGGAGAAUUUGGAUAGGCCCUCCCCUGCUGCAUUUGACAUCCUUCCUUCUUCCCCAAGGGAUCCAGAUUAGUGUCACAGAGACAUCUUGCCCUCUGUAAACCUCUGUCUUCUUUGUCAUUGUGUCCCAAGUCACUCUGUGAAAGGGGUGUGUGUAUAUGUGUUUCUGUUAACAUGUAUUGGGGUCCAUUUUAAAUUAUAUGCAGAAAAUAAGUUCUAUAUUUGGAAAUGAAAACAAAUCUUUUUAAAAUAACAAUAAAGAAAAUGUGAAACCUCA